AUGUUAAAAUCGGUUGUAAUAAGACUUGAUAGAAGAGUCACAGAACAAGAGAAGGAAAUUAUUGAUUUGAAAGGGCGAUCCAUGAAAAACAAUAUCCUUAUACAAAACCUGGAAGAAGAAGAAGGAGAAGAUCUAUUCAGCAAAAUCCCCCGCCUGCUAAAUGAACACCUAGAUAUAGACGGAAUAGAGUUCGCUAAUAUCCAUAGGAAUGCGGGGGACAGAAGGCAAGGAGAUAAGCCCCGAGUUAUAACAGGCCGGUUAGUUAGAUUUGAGAACAAAGACCGUAUACUAAAACAGCAGAGAAAAAAGAAAGAUGAAGGGAUUAAUCUACCAUUCUAUAUCACCCCCCAGUCUCCAGUUCAAGUUAACGAAACUCGCAGAAAACUGGUUGAACUCAACAGCAAAUAUUGGAGCGAAAAUAUCAAAACGAGAGUAGUGGGGGACAAAUUGGUUUUCCCGAAUGGGUCUGUUUACAGAGAUAAAGUGAAGACACCAAACGCCGAGGAAAUUCUACAACUUGACCAGAAAGAACAACAGAAACUAGAGGAAAUUGAAGUUAAACGCUCUAACACACACACAGAAUCAGGAAACCAAAUUAGCGCUGCAGCAGUUGAGGUAGAGACAUAUGCAAAAGUUCGGAACUUCUACAGGAAAAUUUCCAUGGAUCCAGUUUAUGGGCGUGCAAAUCACAACAUACUGGUAUACCGUUUUAAAGACAAUUCUGGGACUAUACAUGACGGAUACUGUGACGACGGCGAAUUUGGAGCUGGAAGGAAAAUGCUAAAAAUUCUGCAGGAUGAAAACUUUACAAAUGUAUCAGUUGUGAUAUCGCGCAUGAUGGGAAAACACCUUGGUCCGAAACGCUUCGACAUAAUGGAGAAAGCGUUAUUUGACGCCCUCAAAGAACUUCGAUAG